UAUUCUCUGAAGACGGAAAUUUCACUGCCGAUGAAGCCAAGGCUUUGGUGAAAAGAAUAACAGCAAUGGAAAAAAUCAUGUCUAAGGAGUUUUCUGGGAGCAAAGAGAACAUAGAAAAUAUUUACGAGGAUUUUAUUGAUGCUUGUCGUGGAAAACUAGAGACUCCUUUACUCAAUUUGAAUAAGUCAAUGGAAGAGUUCGCAUUCAAAGAUGAAGUAGAAAGAAAAAUCAAAAGACUACACAGGGAAAUCGGAGAAGCAGUUUUUGAUCUUGCUUAUGACAUCAAGAAGUUGAAUGGCAAAAUCAAAAGCUGGUAUAUUACGUCAUAUAAGAAAGAAAAUCUGGGAAGCUAUGACUUUCUCUUUUCGUUUUCCCGAUGUUUCAAGGAGAUACUAUCAGAUAUCCACGAAAUGAGGCAAAAGUUACACUACGAUGAUAGUUUGGCGCCUAGUGAGAGAUUACUGAAGCAAAAAUUGGAGAUAUCCCAGAUCUCACUCACUUCGGGAGUGGUGACCAAAGGGAAGAAAAACCAUGUUGACGAGGGCGCAGGCAAUGCAAAAAAAUUCGAAAGAAGACGUUCUAUGCGAACGACGUCGCCGCUGAUCAAAACGAAGAACUAUGUGUUCUUGUUGUACCCCAGUACUCCGCAAGACGACAGGAGUUUUUUUUCGAUCGUGCAUCACAAAACUUACACUUCCUAUUGCGACAUUCAAGAAUCGGCAAAGGUAUUCUACGAAACCCAUGGGGAAAUUUUGGAUAGCAGCCGUAUACCAUCAGAUUACAAGGCUUUCGUUGAGGAAAUCCUCAUGAAAUAUAAGUAUUUUCAGCUACAAUUGGAAUUUGCUUGGUUGGAUAACGCAAUCGAGUUUUAUGAUAUCUUGUCAUACUUCUACAGAUUUCUCGGAAAUUAUUACUUUGAUACGUUGAAAAAGUACUUCGAGUCAAGGAAUGAAAAGUUGAUGGAAAAAUGCUCCGAAUUGUCUAGAAUUCUGGAGGUAAAUAUGAAAGCUGUGGAAGAACACUACGUAUCCAUUCAUAAUAAACUGAAACCAAUGUUUGGUCAUCCGGAAAAAGCAAGAAUGUUGGCAAUCGUUGAAACUUUCAUCGAUCAAGCUAUGGACUUCAACAAUAAGAUACUUCUAGAUCCCCUGGAACCUAGCAAGGAAUCAAUUAAAGAGCAUUGCAUCAAAACUGAAACUAUUUUUCUUGACAUGGAAAGGAUUUUAUCCUGCAUAAAAUGCAGCACUACGCUCGUGAUACUUUUCAAAGAGUUAGAAGACAAGAUGUUGGAACGAAUAGACAUUCUCCAAAGAAUAUUAACGCCGGACAGUUCGAGCCUAGACGUCGCAAAUCAAACCGACUUCGAUGUAGAUUUAAGACAAAGACUUCAGGAUUAUAAAAGUAAAGCAUCGAUACCUACAGAUUGUGUAAUAACAUAUACCAGUAUUACACAAAGCAUCACUUCUAUUGAAAGUGUCACACCUCUUGAUUUUGAGAAAAUAAUAAGAAGUAAUUUCAACGAAUAUGAGAAGAUGGCCGAUAAAAUCGAAAUGGUCAAAACUAAAUGCUCAUCAGUUCAUGAAAAAUAUAGAACGAUGUGGGAACAAGACAUUCAGAGAAUCUUGAACUUGUAUAGGGUUAAAUACGACGCAGCAGUCCCAGAUUGAUGCAGAAAAAACAGAAACUACUUCAAUCUUUUUAUUUUGUCAAUUGAAUAAAUAAAUACACUAAUCUUGAUUAUCUUACAAAAGUUUUUCAUUGUUAAUUAUAAAAAUAUAUACAUAUACAAC